AUGGCCGACCUUCCCUGCCUCGUGUGCCGGCUGCCUGGUAACCACAACUGCUUUCAUGUCAUGGACCAUGGUAAUUCCCAGGAUGGAGAUGUGCUGCUGGCUGCCUUCUUACCACUAUGUUUAUACUAUGUCGAGAUAAUCCCGAACAAUCCUGAAGAACACCUCAUGUUUGAAUGCUUUCAGUCCAAGAACUUCCAGUACGUGCUGGCCCUGAUGUUUGCUAUUGAGGAGAUCAACAGGAACCCCCACCUCCUGCCCAACCACACUCUAGGAUUUGAUCUCUUCAAUGUCAUGCACAGCAAUGUGAGGAUGCUGAAGAAUGCACUCAUGUGGCUGACAGGGAUAAACACAAUCAUCCCUAACUACACAUGCAGGAGAGGGGCCAAGGCUGUGGCAGUUCUAUCAGAGACUGGAAUUUCCAUCCAGAUGGGGAUGCUGCUGGAACUGUACAGAAUCCCACAGCUCACACUGGGUCCUUUGGAUCCUCUUCUGAGUGACAGCAGCUUGUUUCCCUCUGUCUAUCAGAUGGCCCCAAAGGACACUUCUCUGGCCCUCGCCAUGGUCUCCCUGAUGCUGCACUUUGGCUGGACGUGGGUGGGGCUGCUUGUCUCCGAACACCAGAAGGGUGUGGUGUUUCUGUCCGAUUUGAGAGCAGAGAUGCAUGAGCAUGGCCUCUGCCUGGCCUUUGUGGAGCUGAUACCAGUCAACUACCACUUUGUUCCCUCAGUAGAGUUAAAACAGCCAACCCGCAUCAUGAUGUCCUCAGCCAAUGUGGUUGUUCUGUUUGGUGACACAGAAUCAUUUACCAACCUGAUAUUGGUGCUGACAAAGUCGCUGAUCACAUGGAAGGUCUGGGUCACUACCUCCCACUUGGACUUUGCCACCAGUAUGCAAAACUUCCUGCUGCAUUCCUUCCACGGUGCCCUCGUCUUCACUACGCAAAACAGAGAGAUCUCUGGUUUCAGACCCUUCCUGCAAACAGCAACUCCUGCCAAGUAUCCAGAAAACAUUUACCUUGCCCUGUUCUGGCCUCUGGCCUUUAACUGCUCCAUUUCCGAUGCUGACUGUAGGACACUGCAAGGUUGUCCCCCAAAUGCCUCCCUGGAGUGGCUGUCCUGGCAGGAUUUUGACAUGACAAUGAGUGAAGGGAGCUACCACAUAUACAAUGCUGUGCAUGCUGUGGCCCACUCUUUACACAAGAUGCAUGAACAUGCAUCAGAAGUGCAGCCAUCAGGGCCUGAUGGGACUACAAUGAUUCCCCACUGGCAGGUGCAUCCCUUUCUCAAGAGCCUCCAGUUUACAAAUCCUGCUGGUGACCCUGUGAACCUGGACCAGAAAAGAAAGCUGGCUGCAGCAUAUGACAUUCUGAAUUUCUGGAAUUUUCCCCAAGGACUUGGCCAUACCAUGAAAGUGGGACAUUUCUCCCCCUAUGAUCCACCAGGCCAACAGUUGUCUCUCUCUGAGGAGCUGAUAGAGUGGGCCACUGGGAUCACACAGCCCCCACAAUCAGUGUGCAGCACCAGCUGUGGUCAUGGGUUCCGGAGAACCACUCGGGAGGGAGCGCCCACCUGCUGUUUUGGCUGCACCCUCUGUCUAGACAAUGAGAUUGCCAAUGAGACUGAUAUGGACCAGUGUGUGGCAUGUCCUGAUCACCAGUAUGCCAACGCAGAGCAUGACCGAUGCCUGGACAAGAAAGUGACAUUUCUGGCUUUCAAAGAUCCCCUGGGAAUGGCCCUGGCCUGCACAGCUCUGUCAUUCUCCAUCCUCACAGCUGCCAUCCUAGGGGUCUUUGUGAAGCACCAAGACACACCCAUCGUCAAGGCCAAUAACCGCACCCUCAGCUACAUCCUACUCAUUGCCCUCCUCCUCUGCUUCCUCUGCUCCUUCCUCUUUAUUGGGCGUCCCAACACAGUCACCUGCCUGCUAAGACAAAUCACCUUUGCCCUUGUGGGCAAAGUGGGCAAAGUGGCUGUUUCUGCUGUGCUGGCAAAAACCAUCACUGUGGUUCUGGCCUUCAAGGCCAUGAAACCUGGAAGGACAAUGACGCGAUUGCUGUUGUCAGCAGCCCCAAAUUCUGUCAUUCCCAUCUGCUUCUUCAUCCAACUGACUGUCUGUGGCAUCUGGCUGGGAGUCUCUCCUCCCUUUGUGGACACAGAUGCACACUCUGAGCAUGGACACAUCAUCCUCUUGUGCAAUGAGGGCUCCAACACUGCUUUCUUCUGUGUUCUGGGGUUCCUGGGCUUGUUGGCCCUGGGGACAUUCACUGUGGCUUUCCUUGCCAGGAAGCUGCCUGACACGUUCAAUGAAGCCAAGUUCCUGACCUUCAGCAUGCUGGUGUUCUGCAGUGUGUGGGUGACCUUCCUGCCUGUGUACCACAGUACCAAGGGGAAGGUCAUGGUGGCAGUGGAGGUCUUCUCCAUCUUGAUCUCCAGUGUAGGUCUGCUGGCCUGUAUCUUUGCCCCCAAAUGCUACAUUAUUCUUUUCAGGCCUGAAAAGAACUUUCUGAAAGCAUUCAGGAAUACUCCUUCUAAGAGCAGCUCGUAG